ACAGAGGUCACCUCCCGGGGCAAUGGCUCUGGUCAAGAGCACAUCAUCAGGUCUAAUCUGUCCCUCGAUGAUAAUCUACUCAAGAGGAAGGUGAAUCUGCCAUACCUAGGUUGUGAGGCUGAGGAUGUAAUGGAUUUCCUGCUCAUCGAGACGCAGCAGUUGCUCUACCGCUUCAACUCUUUCGUACCCAUUCUACAAAAAUUCAGAAUCCCCAUAUCUUCGGACAAGAUUGAGAAGCUGCGUCUCAUAUUCAAUGCGCUUGUGGGCAUCUCGGAGCUUAUCAAAAGGCACAAAUCUGCUGCUGCCAAGGGUCAUGGAGAUUGUUUGGACCGUGCCGGCUGGGAUGCUACGUGGGGAUGCUCGACGAGAACACAUGGUGCCUUUGACGACAUAACGACAUUGAGUCCUAUGCAAUUCACGGCUUGCACGCCUGGAAUCUUCCCAUUCUCGUCCGUGGCAGGCCCUGCCUUGCAGAUCUAUUCAAUCAGGCUCGUUAAUCUUAACCGUAAUCUGAGUUGGCCACUUGAUGUCUACGGCGUGGUCGCUGCACGAGACGAUUUUGACCACAACCUCAACAUUCUCUUCCGACGGCCAAGUGCAAACUGCCAAAGAAUUUAGA